AUGGAGAACACUUGGACGCCACUCCCGCCAUCUAUGUUUACAGUGCCUCAAGAACUGAAGGACCAAAUCCUCUCUGGGCUUGAAUACCAUGAUGUGGUCAAUCUCCGCCAGACGUGCCACGCAGCAACCAAGUUGGUCCCUUCCGCAAUGAUCAAAGAUCUCCGAGCGAAGCUUAAGAAUGAGCUGCGUGCUGAGGAACAAGCCGACCAUGGCCGUCGACAGAUACGGCUCAACAACUCUGCUACCUGGGCUAGAGCCUUCCCAGAAAGCUCAAUCCAUGCAAUCAACAACAUCCACGCCAACUUUUUCACUAAAGCCACGAGGCUCAAUUGCUAUAUAUGCCUCCGCAAGUUGCCACGCGAGUGCUUCACCGACGCGCAAGCCAUGGGGAGCCGAAGUUUGGGCCACAAAGAUGCCACUCAGCGAUUUUGCAAACUAUGCGGCGUACGGUCGGGGAUUUGGGAGAAGGGGACUUCGUUCAAGGACGCUAAGCAGUCACGGGUGUUGUGCAGAGGAUGCAACUCGAUUCAGAAGGCUGAUUGCAACUUCAAGCAAGCCGGAGUAUGCUCAGCACGGUGCCUAGAACGAGCCGGAGCCACCUGUACGCCUAAGGACGGGGAGGAGCAUGUCCAUCUUGUGGUACAUAUUCGAGCCUAG